AUGGCCGGUCUGAGCACCAACGGCUGCGAGCGCAGCAUUGCCCGUGUGCUCGCGCCAAGUGUCGGCUUCAAAGAGCUCAACGCGCUGCAGGAGUGUAGAGCGUCACCUUUGGGGCCACUGCGGCAGCAGAAGGCGGGGGAGAAACAGGAACAACUUCCACGCGCGGUCCUGCACUGGUGCAUCGCCUCCGUCAGAUGCUUCCUGCACGGCGCUCCGAACACUGGUAAGGGCCUGACGAACUCCCGCGCGACUCAGUGCAGUGUGUGGACCGGCACAUGGAACUCGGCACAGAGGAUCACAGAGGUCAACCUCGUCCAGGCACGCAAGCGCCGCGUGUGA